GAGCUAGACAUGGAAGAUGUGAAUCGCAUCCCAAGAGAAGCAAAAGAUUACUAUUCUAGUUCAAUAUGGUUGUCAGAAAAUGCACAGGUAUUUGAGGAUCUCAAGAAAAGUGACCUUAAUAGAGUUAAUGGCAUCUAUGUUACUGCUGGCAAAGAUUCCUACGGCUAUGACUACCAGGAAAUAGAGACUCCUGAAAUUUCCAGAACAUUGACUUCAGAAAUUGUGGACUAUGAUCUCUAUUCUAGACAAACAUUGACUUCAGAAAUUGUGGAAAUAAUUGAGGAUGGCAGCAAGAGCAUAAACAACAAAGAUAGAAGAGUUGAUGAUCUUUAUGUGGCUGUUGGCAAAGAUGACGUGGAUGUUGUCAAAUGGGCUCUUGAUCAUGCUGUUUCUCCUGGUUCCCGGAUUUUUCUUAUCCAUGUCUCUUCUCCAAUCACAUUGAUUCCUACGCCAGUUGGAAAAUUUGAAAGAAGCCAACUUACCCCGCAGCAAGUGAGACUAUACGUGAAUGAAGUGAACAACAAGAGGAAGGAUCUUUUGCAGAAGUACAUUCAGAUGAGCAACGAAGCCAAGGUAGUAGCAGAAACCUUGCUUCUUGAGAGCAAUGACACAGGAAAAGCAAUUCUGGACCUCACCACUAUUCUUAACAUAACCAACCUUGUCAUGGGAAUCAAAAAGCUACCCUGCACACGGCGCAAUAACAAACUAAGCAAAGGAGUGCUUGUAAAGAAGAAUGCACCAAAAUCCUGCAAGGUUACCUUGGUUUAUAACGGCGAGGUGUUUGUGUCUAAACCUUACAUGGAUGGCUUGGAAUCCUGUGGCUUAGAAUCACAGAGUAAAAGCCACUCCAAAGCUAACAUCUUUCAGUGCAUGUGCUUUUCAGGGUGCGUGAGAGAAGACAAUGGUACCUAG